AUGGCCCCCGUGUUUUCUAUUCCCGCUCCCCAGGGCGGCGUCUGCUCGACUGGCCUCUACCGUGUGCUCGGUGGCCUGGCCGAGGUGCCAGCAGCCCAGGACUUCUGCGCCGCCCACUACCCUGUUGCACCAACAUGUACUAGCACCGUUGUCGGACCGGUCAAGACGGUGGCUGCGGCGCCGAAGCCAAAGACGGGAGGCCUGUCCAACAGCGACAUUGCCUAUCUGAUGCAGAGGCUGCACCUCCUGGAGAACCAGUUCCUCAGCACGGCAUGCUCCUGCAUCGAGACGCCAGGCUGUGUCACAGUCACGGUUCCCAGCACGACCUCCAGCUCCGUCCGUACGUCGUCGACCGCGGCCCUAACUUCAUCAACUACCCUCGUCACCUCCACGACUUCGACCUCCUCUACUGUAUCCGCCGCUCCCUCCUCCACUUCAUCAGCGGCUCCCUACUCUACCUCAUUGGUCUUGCCCACUUCUACCUCCUCAGACGCUCCGACAUCGUCAUCGACGACCAGCACCAGCUCCACCCUGCCUAGUUCUACCAGCAGUGCCGCCACAACAUCAAGCCUCGCCAGCUCAGAGUCUACUACGACAUCCUGGAUGACUAGCACGACAGAGACACCCACAAGCACCUCAACGACGACUUCUGCAUCAGCCUCGGCGACGCCUGCUGAUGGCGACGGCGAUGAUGACGACGAGCCAUACCCUCAGGAGCCAACUCCCCAGGAGCCAACUCCCCAGGAGCCCACUCCCCAGAUCACCCCUCAGAUCACCCCCCAGCCCACAGAGUACAACACCCCGGCGGAGAACACCCCUCAGAUAACGCCCGUCCCUACCGAGUACAACACGCCUGCUGCGCCUACUCCUAUUGUGAACUGGACCGAUGACGGCGAGGUCGAGGAGAGAGACAUCCCUGGGUUGGAGCUUUCGGCAGAGUAG